CCCCGGCGCGCCUGCGCGCAGCACCUGGCCGACAAUCGGCUCAACACCACCAAGUACACGCUGCUGUCCUUCCUGCCCAAGAACCUCUUCGAGCAGUUCCACCGCCUGGCCAACGUCUACUUCGUCUUCAUCGCGCUGCUCAACUUCGUGCCGGCGGUGAACGCCUUCCAGCCCGGCCUGGCCCUGGCGCCCGUCCUCUUCAUCCUGGCGGUCACGGCCAUCAAGGACCUGUGGGAGGAUUACAGCCGCCACCGUUCCGACCACGAGAUCAACCACCUGGGCUGCCUGGUCUUCAGCAGAUGGUGUGUCCAGCAGGGUGGUGUCCUGGGCCAGCAUCUCGGCGUCCAGUACGAUGUGCUGGAUCACGAGUGA